AUGAAUGAAAAUGGUUCAUCCGAAGGUGUGGGUGUUGUUAUUCGACACACAGCAGAUUUAAGCAAAAUGAUUGUGGCCGCAAAUGAUACAAAUCAAAAACAUAUGGAAUAUUUACCAUAUCCAGAUUGGAAUUUCAAUGAAGAAUCUGAAGAAUUUCUUCAGAAAACUUCUAGUGAUAAAAAUGAUGAACAAUGUCCAUUAGAACAGAUAUACUUACGAUGCAAUAAAACAUUCCUACCGGGUCAAUCAGUUCAAGUUAUUAAAAUAGAAGCAGAGAGAAUACAUCAUCCAGUAAUCGAGUUUCUCUAUCCUUAUCUAUAUACAAUAACUAUUCGUUAUGGUUCGACGUUUGAAUGGACAAUUAAAAAACGUUAUAAAGAUUUUUAUGAUCUUCACCAAGCUCUUCGAACUUAUGUGACAUCAGAAUUAGCAAAAUCUUGUAAUAAUUUGAACAGUGUAAGACCAUCCGAAACAAUUGAUGAUCAUGAUUCUUCAAUUCGCAGACAAGAGAAACAACUACCAUGUUUUCCAACUCGAAAUGAUCGUAUUGCAUUUAUUAAUGAAUUUUCUAAAAAUGAACGAUGUAAAAUAUUACAAAAUUAUUUAAAUAAAGUACUUAAACAUCCGAAACUUCGUGAACAUAGUGCAAUGAGAAAUUUUCUUGGAGUGAGUCCACUUUCAUUUGUACGAGGAUUGGGAAAAAGUUUAAGAGAAGCUGAACUUUUAAAACGAUCUAAUGAUGAUUAUCGUGGUCGAUCAAUCUUCAUUCGAUUACUUUUUUCAUGUGAUAUAUUUAAAUUUCAUCGUAAUCGAAAAUGGUUUGUUAUUAAAGAUUCUUAUAUUGUAUAUAUGAAAAUUGAUUCGGCUCUUGUUGGAUUUCCAAUGCUUGUUGAUCAUGCAUUUUCUAUUGAUCGACGUUUUCGAAAAACCAAAACAACUAAUGGAAUUCGAAUAAAAAAUUUACAACGUUUAAUGGUUAUUAAAUGUCAAAGCGGAUAUGAACGAGAUAAAUGGUUCGAUACAUUAAUGGAAAUUAAAAAUAAAUCACUUUUUACUCAACAACAUCUAUUUAAAUCAUUUGCACCACAAAGACAACAACAAUAUGCACAAUGGUUUAUCAAUGGUCAACCAUAUAUGGAAGCAUUAGCCAAAGCAAUAUUAGCAGCACGUGAAGAGAUAUAUAUUAGCGAUUGGUGGCUUUCACCAGAAAUAAUGCUUAUUCGUCCAUAUCAAGAUGAUUCAAUGCGACUUGAUAAUCUUCUCGGCAAACGAGCUGAAGAAGGUAUUCGUAUUUAUAUAUUGAUAUUCAAAGAUAUACUAUCAGUUGUUGGUUUAAAUAGUUAUCAUACAAAAAAGCAAUUAGUUAGCAAAAGUCCAAAUAAGAAAAAUAUCAAAAUUAUUCGACAUCCUAAUCAUCGAGUUUUACCUGGAACAGAAUCGUCAUUUCUCUAUUCACAUCAUGAAAAAACUGUUGUUAUUGACCAACGAUUAGCCUUUAUUGGAGGACUUGAUCUUUGUUGGGGUCGAUGGGAUACUGAUGAUCAUCGAUUGGUAGAUUUGAGUAAUGAGAAUAUUACAGAAUUGAAAUCUGCCGAAGAAUUAGCAAAUCAAAGUGAUCAAGAAUCAACAAAAGAAGAAGCUGCCGUAGAUACAGCUAAGCAAAUGGCAAAGAAUAAUACCAAUCAAGGCAUAAUGAUAAAGAGUAAGAAUAGCAGAGACGAUUCAUCAGAUGAAGAACAAGACGCCUCUGUCAAUGAAUCAUCAGAUACGAAACCUAAAACAAUUUUUGGUGUUACAUCUGUAGUUGAUGACACAUAUCGAUUCUUUUUGGGCAAAGAUUAUUCAAAUUAUUAUCAAAAAGAUUUUGAAUCUAUUGAAAAAUUUGAUGAAGAUUAUAUUGAUCGAAAACUUGUACCACGUAUGCCAUGGCAUGAUGAAAUAUUAGUUGUUUUAGGUGAAGCAGCAAGAGAUUGUGCGAGACAUUUUAUUCAACGAUGGAAUAUUCACAAGGCAGAUAAACAUCGUUUCAAUGAAUCUUAUCCUUAUCUUCUUCCAAAAACAUGUGAUGAUGAUGAAAUAUUCGAUACAUCUUUUCUUCGUUCAAUUCUUCCGGAUGAUCGACCACCGAUUCGUGUCGAUGCUCAAUGUGUUCGUUCUGCAUCAUUUUGGUCAUGUGGAAUUUGUACUGUCGAACGAUCAGUUGAAAAUGCCUAUAUUCAUAUGAUUGAAAAUGCUCAACAUUUUAUUUAUAUUGAAAAUCAAUUUUUCGUCACAAUUCCUGAAGAUGCAGCAAUUAAAAAUCAUAUUGGCGAUGCUCUUUAUCGACGUAUAAUACGAGCACAUUCUAAUAAAGAAAGAUUUCGAAUAUAUAUUCUAUUACCAUUAUUACCUGGUUUUGCUAAUGCUAAAACUAUUCAAGCUGUACUUUAUUUUAUUAUGAGAUCGAUUAAUAAAGGUGAAAUGUCACUCUAUCAAAGAUUAAAAAAGAAUGGUGUAUCCAAUCCUGAAGAUUAUAUCACAUUUUAUGGUAUGCGAAAUUGGGAUAUAUUAAUGGGUACUUUAGUAACAGAAAUAAUUUAUGUUCAUUCGAAAUUAAUGAUUGUGGAUGAUCGAAUGUGUAUUUGUGGAUCGGCUAAUAUUAAUGAUCGUUCACUUCAAGGUUCUCGAGAUUCAGAAAUUUGUUUAGUUGUUAAUGAUGUUGAAAUGAUCGAUUCAUAUCUAAAUGGACGUAAGGAAAAAGUUGGACUUUUCUGUUCAUCAUGGCGAAAGAAAUUAUUCAGACUACUAUUAGGUAUAAAAAAUGAAGAAGAGAUCAAUGUUGAUGAUCCAUGUUCAGAUGAAUUUUAUCAAUAUUUUCGUCGAAUAGCACAGCAAAAUACUAAAAUUUAUGAAGAAGUAUUUAAUUCAUUACCGACCAAUCAAAUACGAAAAUUUACUGAUGUUGAGGCUUAUGAAAAACGAUCGAAAUUAAAAGAAACUGAUCCUCAAACAGCUUAUGAUAAAUGUAAAAAAAUUCAAGGUUUCAUUGUAGAAUUUCCAAUAGAAUAUCUAGCCGAUGAUGUUAUCAUGCCAAAAUGGAAUACAUCAGAAGACGAACAACGCUUAACUAUACCUUUUCGUUUCUGUUUCAAUGAACUACUUCGACAUUUACCUGUAGAUUCCAAAGAAAAUAUCAUUUUUAUCUUUACAAAUGCACGACCAACUUUUUAUGCACCAGGUAACACAACAAUACUUGUUCAAACUAUGUUGAAGGAACAUAAAAGAGACCAUGGUGUUGAAGUACCAUUUUCAAGGAACAAUACAUUUUUAUUUGAUAAUGAACCAUUUCGUUAUCUAGCACUACGUAAAAAUGGUAUCACUUUGGAUGAACUACAAACACAAAGCUAUAUUAGAAGUUGGGAUCAUUCAGUCAAAGAGUAUUGUCGUCUUAUGAGACAUUUGGUUACACGUUCAUUGAAGUCCGUAUCUGUUAUUCUUUCACUGAAUGAAGCUGAACAACUUGUUCGUAUGCUUCCACGUCCAAUUGCUGAAACAUCAAAACUUAUCGAGCAAAAUAUUCAACUUGCUAAAGAUCAUAAAAAGAGAGUGUUAGAAAAUCCUAAACUUGCAUCACAAGGGAUACCACAGAAUAUUGCUGUAGUUACUCGAUUAAAACAUCCACGAACAGUAUGUGUGGGUGAAAAUUGUUGUCAAAUGAUUGAUGUAAACAAUGAAAAACAAAUUGAAUAUAUAUGUAUAUGUCAUGACGAGUGUUAUUUGAAAGGCGUCAAACAAGAAACAUUAUAUGAUGAGAAAUUGCAAGACUGCACAGCAAUGGAUCCUAGAUCAGGUGACUGUGGAAUAUGUGGAUGUCACUGGUUGCAACAUAAGCAUAUCACUUAUGAGCAUAAAACAAAACGUGUUGUUAUGACUUUGAGUGACAUUGAUCAACGUAUUAGCGAUUUACGAGGAGAAGCAUCAAAAAUUCAAGAAGUUUAUAAAAAGGUAGCAAUAUUUCUUCAUGCAAAUGCUAUUGUAGCAACAAAUGAUGAUAUUUUGGAAUAUCUUCAAUACUUUAUUCGUGAAGAACAGAUGAAACAGAGUGUUGGAGCUAGUAACGCCGAUGUUAUUGCUGAUAUUGAUAUUCGUCAAUUAUCAGUGGUAGAUGCAAAUCUUAUUAAUGAUUGUUGGGCUGAUAAAUCAGAAGAUUCACUUGGACAAAUCAAAUAUCAAAUCGAACAUUUACCAACAUUAGGUGCAUAUGGUGAUGGAAAACUCAUAAGUUGGCGUUUAUUACAAUACAAUUGA